AAUCACUUUAAAGUUCCACGUGAUGUAGACGGAUUGUGAUUGGUUGUUGGUGGCAAAGCGCUAUUUUCAAAUCAGAUACACGAGAUUCCUUAUUUUCUUGUAGACGUUUGGAAGCAUCAACUACUGUUCAAGGUAAGUUUUGAUUCGCACUCCUUCAACAUGACUACCAUGGAAGAUUUUUCAAAGAUUGAAAAGAUUGGAGAAGGUACAUAUGGAGUAGUUUAUAAAGCAAGAAAUAAAAAAACUGGUGAACUUGCAGCGCUAAAGAAAAUCCGUCUCGAAGUAGAAGAAGAAGGCGUUCCCUCGACUGCAGUCAGAGARAUUUCGAUUCUAAAGGAACUCAAACACCAUCCUAACGUUGUUAAUCUUCAAAAUGUUCUUCAUGAGGACUCGAAACUUUAUCUUGUAUUUGAAUUCCUUACUUGUGAUUUGAAAAAGUAUUUGGACAAUACACAAGGACAUGUUGAUAAGAUGCUCGUCAAGAGUUACCUCUACCAGAUUACCAAUGCUAUGUAUUUCUGCCAUGCAAGAAGAAUUCUCCACCGAGAUUUAAAGCCACAAAACUUGCUGAUUGACUCCAAGGGUCUUAUAAAACUUGCUGACUUUGGGUUGGGAAGAUCUUUUGGRAUUCCUGUGCGCGCAUACACCCAUGAGGUUGUAACUCUAUGGUAUCGUCCUCCGGAGGUUCUUCUGGGCAGUCAACGUUAUUCAUGCCCCAUGGAUAUCUGGGGUGUUGGAUGUAUCUUUGCYGAGAUGGUUACGAAACGACCACUUUUUCAUGGUGAUUCUGAAAUUGAUCAACUAUUCCGUAUUUUUAGAAUUUUAGGGACCCCAACAGACGAACACUGGAAAGGCAUUACUCAAUUGCCAGACUACAAGAAGAGUUUUCCAAAGUGGGAAGGAAUUGGUCUUCGAGCAGCUGUGCCAAAUAUUUGCGAAGAUGGAUUGGAACUUUUAGAGAUGAUGCUCAAGUAUGAUCCUGCCAAACGAAUUUCAGCCAAAAGAGCCAUCAAACACAGAUACUUCCAUGAUCUUGACAUAGACUCCCUACCACCAACACCAGAAACGUGGUCAUUGAGUUAGAACACUCAAAAAAUCACUACAUCUAAAAUAUUCAAAUGCUAGUUAUAGUGUACAUAAUAUCUUCAUCUUGAUACUGUAUACAUGUACCAGAAUUUCAGUCCCUCCGACUGAGGUUCUAAUGAUUUUCUUUUGAUUUUUUCAAUUUUAACUGUACACUAAAUAUCAAUUUUUAUUUGUAAUUAUAUUUUGUUCCAAUUUGUAUUAUGUUAUUCAUAGACUGUUUCUUCUUUUCUCUUUAUUCUAUAUAAUCUUUGCAUAUUUUUUGUCUUCUAUYGUAAAUAACUGUCUUUAUCAAUGAAGUAUAACAAUGAAUGCUUUAGAAGUUAUUGAAUAACUUUGAACUAAAACAUUAACUAAGUUUCAAUUUACUCUUGUGCAUUUAUGAAAGAAAUAUCCUCAAGGAAUAUUCACAAUACUCCUAUUUAGGGUUCACCUUUGCUCAGACUUAGCCUUUGUUGUGUACAUUUAAUGCUCUUGUACAUACUAUGGAACGAGUUGAUUAAAAUGCCAGUUUUUGGUUGAAUAGCUAAAUAUCAUAACGCACAACCGAGACUAAGGCUGAGCAAAGAGAACUCAAAGCUGGAGUAUUGAURGGUUUGUAAGAUCUAAAUGAAUAUCUUUUUUGCAGCUUUUUCCCUUGGAAAAUUUCAAGUUUGUAUUAUUCUUCCCUUCAUAAACCUAGCUAGCUAGCUACAACUUAUAAAUGCUCUCAUGGCUUGUCCCAUCUUGAUCAAUAUCUAUUAUGCUGUAUAUCCAUGUUUAUAUGACUUUGUUCAGCUAAAUUAAAGRACAAAAAUGUUGAAUUUA